CAACAAAUGAGGAGGGAGAAAAUCUAUCUCGCAAUAAGCCAAACUAUUCAAUUAAUUGAUCGAUAAGUGGUGUUUAUUGGUGGAGGAAGCAGAAGUAUCGAGACAACCAGGAAAAUCUUACUAUUCAAAACUAUGAUGUAAAAAUGAAGAAGACAAUAAACCUGUUCGUUCUGUCAAUCAUCAUAACAGUAGCAAAUGGGAAUCUAGCAUCGUCAUGUACGUACAAGAGAAAUAGAAACCAUAGGCUAAUUGCUCAUUGUGAAAACCAAGGAUUUACAUCUGUGCCAAGGAAUCUCAGACGUGAUAUCUACGAGUUAAUUCUUUCAAAUAACUCAAUACACAUGCUGAAAAACAAUUCAUUUAUAAAUUAUUCGAAAAUGGAAAGACUUAUUUUAACCAGAAAUAAUAUAUCAGUAGUUCACGAGGAUGCUUUUUCUGGACUAAAUUCGUUAAAAGUUUUGAAGGUAAAUGAUAAUUUGAUUAACAUCACAAUCAUCCCAAAGGGUGUGUUCAGACAUCUUAGUAAUUUAAUUGUUCUAGAUAUCAGUCGAAACAAAAAGCCAUUGCAUUUAAACAUUUCGUUUAUUUAUCCCGAUGUCACAUUUUCUACACUGAACCGAUUACAAAAUCUGUCAAUAGAUUUAUUCAUGUUUCCUGUAUUUCGAUCAGGAUUCACUGCACUUCAAGACCUUAACGUAUUGAACUUUGAUACUUGUUAUUUGCAUAAUGGUAGUAGAUUUAAGCUUUUAAACUCAACAUUUGAAAACUUCUCGCCAAACCUGAAAGAACUUUACAUCAGCGGUUGUCGCAAUUUCUUUCUAAUGGAAAAUGGACUGUUGGAAUAUUUUCCUAACUUAAAAUUUUUAGAUCUGUCCAAAUCGUAUGUUCAUUUGUAUCAAGCGUUGCGCAUUCUUCAUCCAUUUCAGAAUAAGAACAUGUCCGUUAUAAAUUUUCACCAUAUAAGUGAUAACAAAAUCAAUGAAAACGAUUUUCCGUACUCUGUUAUCAUUACAGAAGAAUUAAUGAAAUAUCUAAGAACUAUUUGCAUUGAAGCAUUGGAUUUAUCCAAAGCUGGAAUAGUGGAUUACCAGCAAAAUUCUUUGUUUUCGUUUAAACGUCCGGAAUGUUUCAAAACAUUCAUAAUAUCAGCUAAUAGAUUACCUGCAACAACAUUGGAUCACUACAUGCAAGUAGUUAAGUUUUUCAAAAGCGCAAUCAACAUUAAAGUGUACGAUUUUUCUUACCUUAGUGUAGAUUAUAUCCAUCCAGUGUUUUUGAACGUAUACCAUCCGCGAGUUUUAAAUUAUUUUCCAGAAAUAACUAAAACACAUCAAAUUCCUCUGCUUUUUACUUUUUCGAUUCCAUCUUCAAUAGAAUUUCUUAGGUUUACGCACAUACAAAUAGCUUUUACAUCAGCGUCUUUCACAUGUACCAACACAUCGCUAAAAUAUCUCGAUGUGUCAUUUGGUGUUUACCAAAAUUAUCCUGAUUUUACCGACGACUGUGGAAAGCAACUUGAAUAUUUGGACGUAUCUGGAAUUCCAGUAACAAUCAUAACAUUUCCAUUAAUAUUCAUGCCAAAACUUUCAAUACUGAAAAUGACGAAUGCACGCAUAGACCAAGGUAUACUAAAAGGUAAACAAUGGAUGAAUUUCAGAGCUCCAGAUUUGAGAAAAAUAGACAUAUCUUUUAAUAAUCUUUGGACUUUGGAGGAAACAACAUUUUUAGAUCAGCCUAAUAUAUCGCAUUUGAAUAUGUCAAACAACCUUUUCAGGACCAUUCCGACUUUGGUUACCAAGCUACAAAAGUUGGAAUCUUUAGAUCUUUCCAAUAAUUUGAUCAGUUCUAUUGAUGAAAUUAUAAGGUGUAGUCUGGAUAAAAUGAUGAUUUCAAAUCGCAGACUCAUCCUAAAUUUAAAUAACAACGCUUUGGUCUGCUCGUGUGACACUCUGGACUUUCUUCUGUGGUUCGCAAAAACAAAAGUAACAUUUAAGAACGGAGACACUUAUAACUGUACAAUGUCAAAAGGCAAGCAAGCCGUAUUAAGGGAGGUAAUACAAAAUAAUGAGAAGUACUUCUCGGACUGCAAAGCUACUAUAUGGCUGUACGUUGGAAUAAUAUUGGUUGCUAGUGCCUUUGGUAUUUUCAUACCUCUUUCUCUUAUUUAUAACUAUAGAUGGAAAAUAAUUCUUUACAUGUAUAGAAAAGUCAGGCAUGUAGUUGAGAAAAAUUUACAUGAAAACUAUAUGUACGACGCAUAUGUUUCUUAUGAAGACAGAAGCGUAGCUUGGAUACAAAAGUUUCUUCUUCCAAAAAUUGAAGAAGAAUGGGGACUUAAAGUCUGUUUACAUGAUCGAGAUCUUCUUCCUGGGGAUCUUACUGCAGAUGCAAAAGCAGAAUCAAUUCAGCAAAGUAGACAUGUUGUAUUCAUUAUUACUGAACAUUUUACUGAAGGAAAGUGGGGAAGGUUUGAAAUAGAAAGAGCAAAAUACGAAAAAUAUACUACAAACUUAAGAAAAAUAAUUGUUAUUUUACAAAAUAUUCAAAUCAAGGAUAUUCCAGACGAAAUAAUUAACAUUUCAAAUGAUGUAUGCUUUAUUGAAUUGCCGUUGGAUGAAAACGAAGCUGGUGACAAUACUGAUUAUCAAAGCCAAUGGCUUAGACUUAAGGCUCUUCUUUAUGUAAACUAGAAAUUUCACAAAUAUAAGAUAUCUACAUUAAUAUUCCUACUGCGCCUCAAAGUGAGGAACACAAUGAUAAUAUGUUUAAAAACAUCUCUGUGUAAUGAUUUUGAGCAUGAAAUAAAUUGUACAUAAUGAGCCAUGUUAUGGACCUCAAAUAGGAAGUUGUGUGACUUUUUCAUGGAUGCUUGCAUUUGGAAUAUCAUGAAGAGCAAAUAAAAGAAAAUCAAGAAAUAUACAAAACGGAACAGAUUUAUUCAGGCAUUCAUACCGAAGAAGAUCACACAAGAAAAAUCCGGACGAAUAUGUUCAAUAUAAUGGAUCAAUAUCCGUAAUGCGGGUCAAAAUGAGGAACACAAUUAUAAUAUGUAUACAAUAUAAUCUCUGUGCAAUGGUGUGUUGCUAUUUUUAUAGAAUAGAAGUAAAAACUACGGAGUUAUCAAAUGAACUGAAUGUUUUGAGAACUUAAUUCCCUUAAAAAUAUUUUUUCUCCAAGAAGACAUAUUACAAAGUGUCCUUCCAGGUUUGUUAAAUUAUUGAAAAUGUACUCCCACUUGGUAUCUCGAAAAUUUAACCACAUAAUAUAAAAAGCUCUCAACUUCGAAAGGAGUUAGAAUACUUAUCCAUGUUCACGUUAUUGACAGAUGAACUGACAAAAAUAAUACAAUUACUGCCUUCAUGAAUUGUGCAUAUUGAUCCAUCUGAUGUCAAAGGUGACAAAAAAAUUCAAAAAACGGCCAACCAAGUAAUUGUGGAGUUCAAAUAUCUUUCCAUGAACAGACUCUAUCUUUGCCACGAAGAAACCUUGGUUAAGUUGUUUUCUUGUUAACAAUAAUCAACUUUCUUUCAAACAACAUUGAUUGUAAUUAAGAGCUCUGCAACAUUGAAAUACAUGAGCGAUGUAGGUGCUGUUCUCCUAGAAUAAUAUUUUUCGGAUAACUUGACAAUGUUUAAGUUUGAUAAUUUUGUUAAAAAAAACAAGAAAAUUGUUAAAAUAACUCUAUUUUGAGGUAAAUACAAUUUUUCCCGUAAUAUUUUACAAUAAUCAUAUCAUGUUUAGUCAAUUAUAUGUUGCUGCAAUGUUCUGAUUUAUUUUCGUGCGCGUGUGUGUUUGUUUGUGUGACUUUUUUUGUCAAUGGUUGUCAGUUUAAUCGUGAUAUUAUUUAAGUUGAUAUAUAAGUUGCUUUAAAACAUUAUUUGAUCGUGUGUUUAUAAAAAUGUAACGGAAAUAUGAAUAAGAAAGUAUACAUUAUGAUAUUAUUAGAUUAUUUGAACGUUGUCUAUGAAAUAUCGGUGUCAAUGUGUGUUUUACAGACGAAUCUAAAUAUUUUGAAGUAUAUGAACAAGAAACAAGAUAUACAUAACACUUAUCUUUGACUCUUUAUAGUAGAUACAGUUAUAUGUAAUUGAUGCAAGUGGGUUUUUAAACAUAAAUAAGAUAGUCACAAACUGAAAUAAUCUGGACGUUUUUAUUAAUAUGUAUAUACAUGUGUACAUACAGUUGUGCUAUCACUUUGAUACUAGGAAAGAACGAAAUAUAUGUAUUGUAAAAACAAAUAUACUUUUUCACAAUGUUGCCAUGGUUAGAAGUCGAUGUAUUAUAUUUCAAUGUAUGUGUUAAGAUAUGACGUAAAUGACAUAAUACGA